CCAAAUCCCACAAUCCCGUGCUAAAACAAAUCGAGACCACCGAGCUAGGGUUUCUCACCACCGGCGGUGCCAUGGACGGCAACGCGGCGGACCACCGCCACCAGUCCCCUCCUUCUCUCGGUCCGCCGCCGCAUGCCCCCUGGGAGAUGGCCUCUCUGCCGAUCCCCGACGAGCUCCUGCGUGAAAUCUUCCUCCACCUGCCCACCCCAGCCGAUCUCGUCCGAGCCUCCGCCGCCUGCGUCUCCUUCCGCCGGGUCGUUGCGGAUCGCUCCUUCCUCCGGCGGUACCGCAAGCUCCACGCCCCGCCCCUCCUUGGCUUCCUCAGUCCGUAUAGCGGAUUCCACCCCGCCGUGCCGCCUCACCCCUCUGCGUCGGCAGCCAGCGCCGUUGCCCUCGCUGCCGACUUCUCCUUCACUUUUGUCCCCGCCCCAGACACUUCUCAAGGUUGGGUCGUCCGGGACAUCCGCGACGGCCGCUUCCUGCUAGCCACCUCCCGAGGGGGUUUUUUGUGUGGAGAAAUGGUGGUCUGCGACCCCUUGCACCGGCGAUACAUCCUGGUUCCACCAAUCCCCGACGACCUAGCUGCUAUGGUUGCGAACCCGGGUCUCUCCGAAACUUUCCUGGUUCCCCGGGGAGGUGGCCAUGAUGACGAGGCAGCAGCUGAGGAAGAGACAUCAUUCAGAGUCAUGGGUAUGGUGUACUGCGAAGCUAACAUCAUCUCCUUUGUAUUUUCUUCCAGCACCAGACAAUGGCGAGCCGCUGCAUCCCGUAGUUGGAUCGAUUUGUUAGCUGGCUUGUUAUGGUCGCUAGAGGAGAGACUCUUCUGCUGGCGCCGGCGCCAAUACGUGUAUGGCUGCUUUUACUGGAUUCCAGACUGGGAGUAUGAAAUGAAAAUGUUGGUGCUCGACACCCGGAGGAUGGAGUUCUCCUUUGCCGACCCCCCAUCCGAAGCCAAACAUGCAUCCAGUAAUGAUAUAACUAUGAUCGAAGCAGGAGAAGGCAAGCCUGGGAUGCUUAUCCGUGGAUAUGAGACAUCUGGUUGCAUUUAUACUAUUUGGAGAAACAAUGGUGGGAGUUCCAGCCAGUGGCGGAAGGAGAAGAAAAUCUCACCCUCAUUGGGCUGUGAGUACAUGGGCAACGGUUCAAUGGGGAAGUACUUGGUCCUGAAUCACUUGGGAAACUCAUCACUCGAGACAGGCUUAUACAUGUUGGACAUCAAAACAUUACAACUUGAGAGGGUGUGUGCUUCGAUAGUGCAUGGCUUUGCAUAUAGCAACUACCCACCAUCGUUGUCAUCACCGACAAUAUCAAGUGGUGUUGGAAACGGGGCUGAGGAGAUGGUGGAACAAGGCAGUGUUGCAAGCUCAAGCCCAGAGUUACCAUGGUCAGAGUAGUUCAGUUACCAUGAUCAAGGCAGUGUUACAACUGGACUAUUGACCGCUAAAUUGGUCUGCAAUAGGGUGUAUUUGGCUCUGUUUGUUUGUACUAUGGUCAUGCAGAAUGAAUGAAUCUGGAGUUUAUCAUGUGUGCAUGGGUCUGUAGUAGUGUGCAUCGUCGUACCUGCAUCUGCGUAGUCAAUGUGAUUGUGAUCUUGUCGUAUGGCUUUGAAUCCCUGUACCUGCUAUUUGCUAGUACAACUGUAUGUGUUUGACAUGGAACUUGUCAUGUACUCUAUGUUGGAUUUCAGGUGAAAUGCCAACUUGUUGC